AUGGGCCAACCUACCAUCGGCGCAACUGGCGCACCGGCUGGCGGAGGCCCCCCCAGCGGGCCUCCCCCCCAUGGCGGACCAACCCCCGCGCUUCCCCCCUAUCCCCCACCGUCCAAUGAGGGUUACCCCUCCGGCGGAGGGUACCCGCCGGAUUCUGGGCCGCGUUCUACGGGGCUCGGCGCGCUUGGCAUCGGCGGGGACGGGGGAGACAUGCGCGGGGAUACGCGCGGGGAGCACGGAGAACACAGGCAUAAGCGCUCCGCGGGGGAGAUGUACGGCGGGGAACCGGGCGACUCCGCGCGGGGUGGGGAGCGGGGGGAGCGCGGGGAGCGCGGAGGUGGUCCAGGCGGAGAGAGGGGCGGGGGGAGCGGGGAGCAGAAGCGUUGGCCGGGAUGGCCAGGGGAUAACGUGUUCCGCUUCGUGGUGCCGAUGGGGAAGGUGGGGAGCAUCAUAGGGCGGCGCGGCGAGUAUGUGAAGAAGAUCUGUGACGAGACCAAGGCGCGCGUUAAGAUCGUGGAGGGCGCUCCGGGCCAUGACGACCGCGUGGUGCUGGUGUCAGGCAGAGAGGACCCAGACUCAGAGCUUCCCCCAGCCGUGGUGGCGAUGAUGCGUGUGCACCGUCGGAUCGUGGAGGGCGUAUCAGAGGACGAGAUCGAGGCGUCUCAGCCGGGGGAGGGGUUCCGUGGGCAGGUGGCCAUUCGCCUGCUGGUGCCAGCCACACAGGCUGGGAGUUUGAUCGGGCGCCAGGGGCAGACGAUUAAAGCACUGCAGGACAGCACAGGGGCGCACAUCAGGAUUCUCUCUCUCGAGGACGUGCCGCCAUGCGCACUGGAGGACGACAGGGUGGUGGAGGUGACGGGGGAGUAUGCGUGUGUGCACGAGGCAGUGAAGGGCGUCACUCUGCAUCUCAGGCGCUUCCUCUGUGACCACUCCGUGCUGCCGCUCUUUGAGCAAUGCCGCUCCUUCCCUCCCCCCAUGGACCCCAGGGGUGCGCCCUACUCUUCCCCCUCUAGCCGCGGAGGGGGGUGGGGGAACCCGCCCCCGGGGGGAAUGCACUCUCCCCCCCAUCGCUCCCGCUUCGACCUCCCCCCCUCUGCUGCGCCUGACCCAUAUGGCUCCCUCUCUUCCCUGGGAAGCAUGGGGGGUGCUGACAGGUACGGCUCAGCCAUGGGAGGCCUGGGAGCAGGUGAGCGUAUGGGCACUCAAUCCCCCACGCAGGUGAGCGUAUGGGCACUCAAUCCCCCACGUCAGGUGGGCGCCGCAAUGCAGAUCCCUCUGUCAUACGUGGAUGCCAUCAACGGGACCAACAUUGUCAGCGCCACCAUGCAGAUCCCUCUGUCUUACGUCGACGCCAUCAUCGGUCCCAAUGGCACCAACGAGGUCAGCGCAACCAUGCAGAUCCCUCUGUCAUACGUGGAUGCCAUCAUCGGCCCCAACGGCACCAACAUCGUCUUCCUGCGCCGCACCAGCGGGGCCGCAGUGACCAUUCAGGAGAGCCGAGGGGCGGGCGGGCAGCCGGAGAUGACAGUGGAGGUGCGGGGCAGUGCGACGCAGGUGCAGACGGCACAGCAGUUGAUAGAGGGUUUCAUGAAUUCACACACAGGCUAUGCCGAACCUGCGCCCGCACCUGCACCGCCAGCUUCGGCAUACGGGUCUGCUGCAGCACCAGCUCCAGCAUAUGGCUCGGCACCGACGGACCUGUCAGGCUAUGGCUCGUCUCUCUAUCCUCCCAGCUCUGCUGGGGGUGGUGCUGGGGCUGGGGGGGCAUAUGGGUCAACAGGAGGGUAUGGCUCUGCCGGGGGUGCUGCUGGGGCUGGGGAGGCAUAUGGGUCAACAGGAGGGUAUGGAUACUGA